ACCCACAAAACAAAACAUAAAGACAUAGAGGAGGUUUUUGUUUUUGUUUUGUUUUGAGAGUUAACAAGAAGGCUUUUUAGCAAACAACAAACAACCUAAGCUUAGCAAAAGUAGCAAUCAAUGGCAGCUUCUGCUUCUGCUUCUGCUUCGGCUUCGGCUUCGACAGCAACAUCAUCGUCAGUGUCCGAGGAAGAGCUGACGCUGACAGUGAAAUGGAGUGGGAAGGAGUACAAGGUCCGAGUUUGUGCGGACGACUCAGUGGGCGAGUUGAAACGCCGAAUCUGUGAGUUAACCACCGUGUUGCCCAAACGCCAAAAGCUUCUGUACCCAAAACUCAUUGCCACAAGACUCGCUGAUGACUCUGUUUUGCUCUCUCAACUCCCCCUCAAGUCCUCUCUCAAGAUGACCAUGAUUGGUACCAUUGAAGAUGAUCUACUUGUGGAGCAAGGUGACUCUCCAGAGGUUAUCGAUGAUUUCGAUCUUGGGAAUGAGGAAGCUGUUGAAGUUCAAAUUAAAGAUAAAGAUGUGAAUAAGCAAAAAUUGAGGAGACGUAUUGAUCAAUACAAGAUUGAACUUAAGAAUCCAUGUCGUGAAGGAAAAAAGCUGCUUGUUCUAGAUAUUGAUUAUACUCUAUUUGAUCACAGAUCAACAGCUGAGAACCCACUUGAACUUAUGAGGCCUUAUCUACAUGAGUUUCUUACAGCUGCUUAUGCAGAGUAUGAUAUCAUGAUAUGGUCUGCAACGAGCAUCAAGUGGGUUGAACUAAAGAUGGGACAGCUUGGGGUACUCAGCAAUCCUAACUACAAAAUCACAGCUCUUCUAGACCACUUAGCAAUGAUCACCGUGCAAUCAGAUUCUCGUGGUAUCUUUGAUUGCAAGCCACUAGGCUUGAUUUGGGCUCAGUUCCCUGAGUUCUACAGUUCGAAAAACACUAUCAUGUUCGAUGAUUUGCGAAGAAAUUUUGUGAUGAACCCACAAAAUGGUUUGAUAAUCAAGCCAUUCAGGAAGGCUCAUGCAAAUCGGGACAAUGAUCAGGAGCUUGUGAAGCUUACCCAAUACUUGCUAGCCAUUGCAGAACUUGACGACUUGAGUACCCUUAAUCAUAAUCAUUGGGAGAGAUUCACCGAGGAUAAUGUCAAAAGACCUAGGCACGCUUGAUGGUCUUCAACAAGCUUUGAAGUUCCAAAACGUUGCUUAUAUCAACUUUUGAGGGGUGCUAGUAUUGGGUUCUGAUACAGAAUAGCUUUUUCGUGUUCCUCUGGUGGGCAUGUGCUUAAUGAUUUCAUUUCUGUCUCUAAAACAGUUAAAAGCAUCUUCUAUUUGUUCCUCUGAUGGGAAGGAGUUAAUUUUAUUUUAUGUGAUAAAGAGUUUACUUGCGAUGACUCAUAUGACAUAUGCUAUGUUGUACAUAAUACUAUUUGUAUAAUUUUGUUUUUCUAAGUUUGAUCAUUUGCAUCA